ACGUGUGAUCAUCCGAUAAGGAAAUCAUGUCAUUGCUAUUAACUUCCUUUGUACUCCGAUGGUUACACAUCCUCACAUAUCGAUAACGGUUUCAAAUGGGUGUUGUGACAGGAGAGAGAGCUGUGAUUGUUUGUUUCAUUCUGGCGCCCCUUCUCUCUGUGUCUCACUGAGCCUCGCACACAUAGCCCGUGAACAGUGUGCUGCGUGACCGAGCCGGCGCACAGUUCCCAAAUCGUAAUAGAAUUCAAAAUGGCGACGAGAAGCAGACGAUAGGGAAGAAUCGUCAAAACACUGGCAGUACGGAUUGUUCUAAUUGCAGCUUUGAUGUGAUAUUCAUCUUCUGAAAAGACGAAUAUGACGUCACCGGCUGUCCUGCAGAGACUUGGCCUUGUCCUCCUGUGUUCAGUUCUUGGUCUGACAUUGGCCAUCUGGCAAGGAGUCUUCGUACCACCCGUCAUCUUCCAGCCAGCACAGCAGGGCAGCAACGAACCUCAAAGAACUUUUUCGGGCAGAUGUGGCGUCAACAUUUCACAAACCAAAGAAGAGGAAAUUAGGACUUCAACAUGCGUGACCAGCUUUGCCAGUUUCAGGGCCAAAUAUUGGUCCGUAGAUCGCCCCAAGAUGGAGAUUGAUCGUGUCGAAAGUCAUUCCUAUCUAACAGCUGACAGUCGAGUGUUAGAAGUCGGAGGAUAUACUGGUGUAGAUGCGGCUAAGCUAAUCAAGAAAUACAACCCCCAUUAUUUGGCUCUCGAACCUGUACCCCGUUAUUACACUAUUUUGGAACAGCGGUAUAACAAUAAUCCCAAAUACAAACUUUUCAAAUUUGGUCUCGGCAAGGAGAACAAGACCUUACUUCUGAAUAUAGAUAACGAUGCCACGUCACUAUUUCGGGCGAAACAUGCGUCGGGCAAAACCAAGGAGGAGGUUGCUUAUAUUCAUGAAACUAAGGGCUUCUUUAAAAGUGUUGAUGUGUAUACAAACCCCAUAGAUCUGAUCACAAUCAACUGUGAGGGGUGUGAAUAUGAGUUGCUUGAACUGCUGAUAUCAUCCGAAAUAGUGAAUUAUCUGAAAAACAUCCAGUUUCAGUUUCACCUUGACCUUCCAGGAAUAGCCAAUCAGGAGUGUCGUUACUGCCAGAUCAUGACAUUGUUGUCCAGGACACACAGACCUACUUUUCAGUAUUCCUACAUAUGGCAGAGCUGGAGGCUGAAGAAUAUUUGAUUUUAUGUUGUUUAAAUGUAUUUAAGUUGAGUUUUUUAAGUUUUCAUUCCUUGGUGCUGAUGGAUUUAAGGUAAUGAAUCAGUAAUUCUGUGAUUGAAUGUAUGUUAAGUUCGAAUAUUGAAAACAACACAAGAACACAGAAUAUUUGCAUAACACAUUAAUGCCAUAGUAUGACAUUUCAUUCAUUAUCGUUUGUUUUGGAUAUGUAUAUACACGCAUUUCAUUAGUUAUGUACUUGCAUAAUUAUUUCUGCGCCGUGGGCCUCUUAAUUAUUAGUGUAUAUAACUAUGCUCACAUGUUUUAUGGGGCACGCAGGCAUGAGGGGCACGAUUCUAUAAGUGUAAGGUUAUAUUUGUUGGUAUUUCCACAAAAUAAACAGAAAUGAACUGCG